AUGGCUCCCAUACCAUCACUGAUUGCACUGAAAGCUCUCUCAUGGCGGGAGGGGGGGCCGGCAUAUAUGGCUGCUGCUGCUGCUGCUGCUGCUGCUGCUGCUGCUGCUGCUGCUGCUGCUGCUGUGGCAGCUGAUAGUGUUGCUGCUGCUGAUAGUCCAUGGGAGGAGGAAAGGAGGGAAGGAUCCCACCCCCCCCCUGCUGCUGCUGAUAGGCCCCUGCGUGAAGGGGAGGGGCACCUGGGGGAGGCAUACCUGGCGCAUGCUGGUGGGACUGGGGAGGGGCAGAGGCAGGAUAGGGGGAGCGGACGUGUUUCCUCUGACUCCUCCUUCGCCCUUCCCCACCCCAUCACCCUCGCUCCUCUACAUCCUCACGCUCGGCAUCGCAAAGCCUUCCGCAAGGCUGGCGUGGCAUCCCACCUGGUGCAUCUGCUUCUCUCCCACGCCUCCUCCCUCCUGCACUGCGCCAUCGUCUACCUGCACAUGGUCAAAUAUCACGCUGCAGCCGUCCACUUCUAUCGCUCGCUGCGCUUCUGCUACCGCCGCCUCUGCCCACGCGUCUACUAUCUUGAGGGGGGCGAUUUCGACGCGCUUCUCUUUGCGCGUUUUGUCAACGACUGGGAUCCUGCAGACGAGCUACUGCUAGAGAAUACAACCGCGAUGGCCAGUUCGUUUUCCGGGCAGCUUUUCGGCGCCACCGGAGUGGCCCUGCUGUUUUUGGCCGCGUUGCUCGCCCAGCUAUCCGUCACCACCCGCGCAAUUCCCGUGACCGAGUUGCAAUCACCAUUCAAGUCAUACACCGGUAUUAAUAUGAGACUCAUGAAGCAUCUGUUCGAGCUGGACGGUACUACAGACAUCUCCAACGUGACGAUACUCCUCCCGUCGCUCGACGCCUUAUACGACGCGUCUGAGAACUACCCCAAGCAUGAUAACGCCACGCGCAAGUUCGACCAGGCGAUCGCCGACGCGCUCACGCUCAUGUACAACGCGACCAUGUACCCCGGGGAUAAGUGGGUCAUCGGGACGAACAUCUCCACUGCGGUUGACAAAGCGAUCCUGGACAUCUGGAAGUUUCAGAUCGUGAAGCAGUACAUCCCGCUCGAAGUCGCGAAGCAGAAGGUACGUCUAUCAUGA